AUAUUGCUGAAACUCUAGAAAGUUGUAUAACGUGAAAAAGGACAUAAUUUUGACCACAGAUAAUUUGAAUAAUCUCAUUGAUUGUUUUUUCCAAGUCAAAGAUGCCAUCUACUCUGGACAUGUCACACAGAAACCCUUUCCCUCAUAUAUGAAAGAGCUCAUUGAUAUUUGAGAAGAAAAUUUUCUUCAUCCUUCUAAGCUCAAAAAUAUUGGAUACAAUGGGAAGAGUUGAAGCAAAUAAUGAAGUAGAAACUCCUCAGCCAGAGAGUGGUACUGAACCAGCUCCCUCAAAUCCUCAACAGUACCAAGGAGUACAAACUGUAUCACCAGCACCUGUACAUAUUGGAGCUCCUUGGAGCACUGGCUUAUUUGAUUGUCACUUGGAUCAAACUAAUGCUGUUAUGACAGCGUUCUUGCCUUGUGUAACAUUCGGACAGAUAGCGGAAGUCCUCGAUGCAGGUGAAAUGACUUGUCCUAUGGGGACUUUCAUAUACCUGCUGAUGAUGCCUGCUCUUUGCUCUCAGUGGGUCAUGGGCUCUAAGUAUAGAAUGAAGCUGAGACAGAGAUAUAAUCUAGUGGAAGCUCCUUAUUCAGACAUAAUUUCCCACAUAUUCUGUCCAUGUUGUUCUCUUUGUCAAGAGUUUAGAGAGCUUCGGAACAGGGGACUUGAUCCUGCUCUAGGGUGGAAUGGUAUAGUUGCUCAGCAGCAUUAUGGGAACCAACAAGUGAAUGAAGCUCCCCAAGUACAAUCCAUGUCCAUGUAAAUUCAAGAUUGUGAUUCUUUAUUUGUUUGAGUUGAGGUUGUAUUAUGUUAUGUUACUCUUUCUUUUUUUUUUUUUUUUGCAACAACCAGAUUUUGUAUCUUGUUUGAAGUUGUAUCCUUAAUUCAACCAUCUUGGCUGUGUUAAUCGUUCGAACUAUGUUUGUAGAAUUCCAUUUCAAUUAGAUUAUUGUCUUACUGGAAACAACAAUACUUCUGGUCUAUGUACGACAAAUAACACCACUGUCAAUCUGUGGUCUGCUGGUUUAAAUGGAAAUUAGUGUACCCAAUCAAUCAAUCAA